GGAUAAACCUGAAUCAUGGAGACAUAUGUGCUAUAUUCAUAAUAACACCAUGCGGAAGUUUUAAUAAAUACGUAAAACAAAAUGGAUAAAAGUAUAUUCUUUUUAAACUUGGAUGGUUUGGAUGACAGUCAAGUAGAACACAUACAGGAACUUCUCCAUCCUUUGAAUUUUAGUGAUGAAGUGGAGUUUCCUUGGAAUGACGACUCUGCAGACGAACCAACUUCGGGAAAAGGCUGUGCCUCUACACUAAAUGUUCAUGCUCCCGUUUUUGAAACCUAUGUAUCGAAAAUAAGUAAUCAUACUGCUGGUAUCAGUGAUUCUCAUCAGUCCGUGUCAUAUAAUGACGCAUCUACGGAAUUGCCAAAUUCUGCAAUGUUAAUGAAUUUAGUUCAUCCUGUAGCACACGAAGCUAAAAAUGUUCAUAGUUCUUUGGCUUUCCAUAACGGUUCACAAAGACAGCCGGUUCUGGAAGUGUAUAACAAUAAUGUGAACCAGUACUGUGAACCUAGAAAAAAUGUGAAUGGUGAUCUUUAUUCAACUGCACAUUCUUCUCAAAUACAACCAUUAACCCCAGUAUUUAAACUUAACCCUACAGUAUCAUGUUUUGUACCACAAAACAUCAAAGAAUAUACACAGCAACCUGUUUCAAAUGGAAUACAAACACAUUCGUUUGAGGCGAAACAACCUAACAAUGAGCAAAAAUUUGAAUCGAAUGCUCAAACAAACUUUAUAUCCAACGAUGAACAAAACUUUGCUUCUAAAGACUAUCAAAGUCAUUCUCAACAAAACAUUGAGAGGGACUCUUUGCAAAAAAAGACAGAUGCUUCAUCGGAUGUUCAAAAUGGUGUUGCAUCCGAAAAUAGAACUGAAGUAAAGCAAAUUGUCUCAAAUGACUUCAACGAACAGGUUGCUCAGAAUGGAACUGCUCAAAAGCAGGAGCAAAAUGUGGAAAAAUUGACUGAACAAACGGCUCAAGUUAAUGUUGUUGCCACUGCUUCAAAAAAUGAUGUGUCCGAUACACCAGUUCGGCGUUCCUGGGCAGAUGUUGUUAGUAGCGGCCAACGAGCUGUUGAAAAAAUUCCAGUUGUCAAAUCGCCAACUGAAAAUGAAAAAAAACCUCAAAGAAUUAUUCCAAUUGAGCAAGAAAGUGAUACUUACAUAGAUGAAGAUAAAAUGUGCUUAGUGCUUGGAAAGCAUCUUUAUCAGUCAAAUUUAAAUUUUCAACCAGUAUUUUUUCAACCACGUGGGCUUAUUAACAAAAGAAAUUGGUGCUAUAUCAAUGCUACUCUACAAGCUUUGUUGGCAUGUUCGCCUUUUUAUACCUUGCUUCGAAAUCUACCAAUUGGCCCCUGUGUUGAUAGAGGGAAAUCUGCUACACCUGUUACAGAUAGCAUGGUGAAAGUAGUUUAUGAGUUUACAGAACUUCAAUCCCAGCAAGAAUUACAAGUUGGCCAACCAUUUCAACCAGAUUUCAUUUAUGAUAUGCUAAAAGAUUUGAAAUCUGAUUGCCUUAAGGGUCAGCAGGAAGAUGCAGAAGAGUUCUUGAGUUUUAUUUUGAAUAAUAUGCAUGAAGAAAUGGUUAAACUAAUAAAGAAUUAUGAGAAGAAGAAUCAUCUUGAAUUGAAUGAUGAUUUAAAAGAAAAUGGAGAUGUCAGUGAAGGUGAGGAGGAAUGGCAAGUUAUAGGAUCCAAGCAUAAAGGAAUGGUAACCAGAAAAGUUGCUGAACAUAAAACACCAAUAUCUGAUCUCCUUGGAGGGCAAAUAAAGUCAUUUUUAACUACAAGUGGGAACAAAACUUCUGCUUCUAUACAACCUUUCUUCACUUUGCAGUUAGAUAUACAGUCAGAAAAUGUUAAUAGUGUAGCUGAGGCUCUUAAAGAGAUGACAGUAAAAGAACCUAUACAGGGAUACACAUGUGCCAAGACAAAACAAGAGGUUGAAGCUUACAGUCAUAUAGCUUUACAGAAGUUGCCUCCUAUACUUAUACUUCAUCUUAAAAGAUUUGUGUACAAUAAAACUGGUGGAUGUAAAAAAGUAAUGAAGAAAACUGAUUAUCCUCUACAACUUGAACUAAGUAAAGAUCUCUUUUCUUCUGAUGUCAAAAAGAAUCAAAGGAUACGCACAUAUAAUCUAUUUGGAGUCAUGUACCACGACGGAGAGGAGGCUGUGAAAGGUCACUACAUAUCUGAUGUUUACAACCACGGCAGUCAAACUUGGAUCAGAUGUGAUGACAGAACAGUAUCUGCAGUUACUGAGGCACAAGUCCUUUCCCACAGCCCACCAAGAGUUCCUUACUUGCUCUUCUACCAGGAGAGCUCGAGUCAACUUACCCUCUGAAGAAGCUAGUGUAUCGGGAGUUUAGUGCAGACUGUAGCAACUUUUAAAUAAUCAACUAUUUUGUGAUAAGAGCUGAUGGUAUGCAUGUGUAUAAAUGUUUUAAAAUAUUUUGAUUGAAUGCGUCUUGUAUAUAUUAUCAAGUGUGAGAAGACUGACAGGGAUUAUGUUUCCCACAUUUUCACUAUUUUCUGUAUCUUUGAGACAAUUAUAUAAUAAAAUAUCAUAUUGGGCAGUUUUGUA